CUCUAACCAGAUUGGUAUUGCACAUUCUUAAGAUACCCCAAGAAAAAAAAAUAUUAAGAAAAAAAAACACCCUUUUCUCUUAUCUCUGUCUCUCCUUCCAUUGAGACAGACACCUUUGAAUUGUUUGUUCCUCUGCCUGUCUUAUGUCCAAUGUAAGAGUGUGUUAUAGAUUAUUACUCUCUCUCUCUUUCUCUCUCUUUAUCUGCAUUGUUUGUGGCUGUUGCCGUACAAGGUUUUGUGUGGUUUCCUUUGUGAAACUCAUCAAGGUUUUCUUUCGGGUGCCAAGGGAUUAAGCUCUCUGGGACAUUCCUUUUUCUUCUUGCAGUUUUGUUUUGUAAGCGGACGAGGAGGUUGUGGGGGAACUUUGACAACCAAAACAUGAAUUGUAUGGUUCAGUGAGAUAAAGUUUUCACCUUUCGUGUGUUGUGAGGACCCAAAUCUGUAGAAUUUGGGUAAAUUGGUUGGAUGGUAUUUUCUGUAUUUUUAUUGGAAAUUGUCUGGCUUCAACUGGGAAAACAUCUAUCUUUCUGAAUGCUUCCCUGCAUUUCGAACUACAGAACUCUGGAAACUGUUUCAUUCUUUUUGUAAUUGUCAGGGUUAGAACUGCACAUAAUUGAGGAAAAGAGAGGAGGUUCAUUUAAUUUCUCUGUUGAGCACAUGUGGAUUUUCUUUCAGGAUGUUUCAGGAUAGUGAUGGUCCUGUUAGCUUGUGAAGUUCUGGAUUCCGUAUUCUUCUAUUUUGCACUAGAAUAAUAUUCCUUUUCCAAAAGGGGUUUGCACACAGUGUUGUGUGAGUAGAUUUAAGAGUAAUAAAUCAUACAGCUUUAUGAAGAGGGUGUAACUGAUUGUGGUAGUUGAGGGGUCUAGUUCAAUUGAAAAGGAGAAAGGUUGACAUGGCAGCAAAACUCCUUCAAUCUUUAGCAGAUGAAAACCCAGAUCUGCAGAAGCAGAUAGGAUGCAUGACUGGGAUUUUUCAGCUUUUUGAUCGUCACCAUGCUCUCACGGCUCGCCGCAUUGCCCAUAAGAGACUUCCUUCUGGUAAUUCACACUUCAGUGAUGGAAGCUUGGAAAGAGAUUCUAAUAAUAUACACCAUCGCCAAGCAACAACUGAUACUAGCUUAAACAAGGGUGUGAAUGAAAGGCAGAGAAUUUCAACCGAAUCAUCAAGAGCAUCAUUCUCUUCUUGUUCAUCAUCAGUGUCCUCUUUGGACUGCAAGGCUGAAGCAGAGGCUCCAUUUGACCGGAUUCUUUUUCCUGAAACUCCUUCAAGGGAUGCAGCCAUGAACCAAUCAACCAUCUCUUCCCAUUUUGGAUGUAACUCCCUUGACCUGAGGGAUGUGGUAAAAGAUUCUAUGUAUAGGGAAGCCCGAGGGCUGUCAGUGAAGACUACAGGCAAAGAAGAAUCUGCCAUUAACGGCAUGAAGCACAGGGAUUCACCGCGUCCUGUGCAGUUGCCCAAAUCUGUUGAUGGAUCUUAUAGAGGUGGAAUAGAUGAAAAACAAAGUGUGCCUAUUGAUCUAAAGGAGUCUAUCCGAGUCCUUGCUAAACUUAGAGAAGCACCUUGGUAUUAUGCAGAAACUAAAGAACUUCCAAGAUCAUCACAUGAAGUAAAAGAUGGACCCUGGCAUUCAAACUCAAAGGAUGCUUCUUGGUUUGCUUAUGAAGGAAAAGAAAUAAGUCGUUUAUCUUUUGAAUCACGAGAGACCAUCAAAUCCACGCCAAAACUAAAAGAGCUUCCCAGACUUUCACUGGAUAGUAAGGAAGGUUCAUUACGCCCUUAUAGUUCUGAUUCAGCUACUCACCCGUCAAGAAACAUUUACACUGGCACACCCACAUCAAAUGACAAAUUCUCUACCCUACAACAGCCUUCAACAAUCCCCAAUCGUCUUCCUGGUGUUGUGGCAAAAUUAAUGGGCUUGGAAGCAUUACCGGAUUCCUCUUUGGCUGGUGACACUCAACCAAGUUCAACUGAAGCUUACUCAGCACAAGAUAGUAGUCAGUUUCCAAGGUCAUCAAAACCAGGACUUACCAGGCCACUCCGAUUUUCUCAUUCUCCGAAAAUUUCAUUGAAAGACCCAACUUCCCCAAGGCGAAAAAAUUCUGAUCUAGUAAUGAAACCCAUCUCAAGUUCAAGGUUUCCCAUUGAACCCGCACCAUGGAAGCAGCAAGAUGGAAAUCGAAGCUCCCAGAAACUGAAUUUAAGGGGUGUAAAAGCUCCAGCGAGAGCACCAGAUACCUUUCCUUCAGUUUAUAGUGAGAUAGAGAAGAGAUUGAAGGAUCUUGAAUUCAAACAAUCUGGAAGGGAUCUCAGAGCAUUAAAACAGAUACUUGAAGCAAUGCAAGAAAAGGGACUAUUAGAGAGCAGAAAAGAAGAACAAGCUCCAAAUGUUGUUGGAAGUCAAAAUGAGUAUGAACAAAAAUCUACCAGCCAAGAUCAGAAUACCAGGUCAUUAAGGCAACAAAACUCUCAGAGAAACAAUUUUCUAUCAUCCACAAUCAAGGGAUCUGAAUCAGCAAGGGCUUUUGAAUCCCCAAUAGUGAUAAUGAAACCAGCAAAGCUUGUUGAGAAAACUGCAAUUCCUGCUUCUUCAGUCAUUCCAAUCGGUGGUCUUUCUGUUUCCCAGAAACACCAGAAUGGCGGUGUGUAUGUAGAGAAUAAAACCAGUACAUCUGCUACUCGAGUAGCAAAAGAACAGUCUUCCAGGAACAUUCAUCGGGAUGCUUCUGCCAGUUCCAUUGAUAAGAAAGCAAAUGGUAGUAAGACUACUAGAUCUGCACAAUCUCAAUCUAGGUCUCAACAACAUCUAAAAGAAAAUAGCCAAAGUUCUGUGAAGCACUCAGGAACUGUGAGCCCUAGAUUGCAACAGAAGAAGUUGGAGUUAGAGAAGCGAUCUCGUCCACCUCCUCCACCAUCAGAUUCAACCAAACUCAGAAGGCAAUCUGGUAAGAAGGCAACAGAGUCAGGUUCACCAGGUGGGAAACAAAGACCCAAAACCCCCAACUCGCGCCAUAAUGAUGAGCAAUUGAGUGAGAUAAGCAACGAAUCAAGAAGUUUAAGUUGCCUCGGGGAUGAAAUCUCUUUGCAAUCAGACAGUUUAACUGUCAACUCAAAGAUGGAAGUGGAAGUCACAAGUAGUUUAAAGUCUGUUGAAAUUGAUGACAGCCAAAGCCCAUCUUUGAAGGGUGUGAAGCAAUUGAUUUCAGAGACAACGCAGAAAAAAUCAACUCCAAGGUUGGAUGAGGCUGAGUCAGUUGCAGAACUUGGAGCAGAUGCCCCAGAGCAUCCAAGUCCUAUCUCAGUUCUUGAUGGAUCGGUGUACAGAGAUGAUAUGCCAUCCCCAGUAAAGCAGAUAUCUGAGGAUUCAAAAGGUGAUGAUGGUCAAGAUUCCAAAGAAAAUGAGAUUACAGAUCAGUGGAACCCAGCAGAAAGCCUUUCAUUUCACAGCAUGGGAUCAGGAGAGAUCAAUAGAAAAAAAUUACAAAACAUAGACCACCUUGUUCAGAAGCUUCGACGGCUGAACUCCAGUCACGAUGAAGCUAGAAUUGACUACAUUGCUUCCCUAUGUGAGAACUCAAAUCCAGAUCACAGAUACAUCUCUGAAAUAUUAUUAGCUUCAGGCCUCUUGCUCAGAGAUUUGAGUUCCGAGUUGCUGACAUUUCAACUUCACUCUUCGGGUAAUCCCAUUAACCCCGAGUUAUUCCUUGUCUUGGAACAGACCAAGGCAAGUAGUUUGCUUUCAAAAGAAGAAAGCACCCCGGAAAAAGAUUCUAACAUGAAGCUGAACAAAGAGAAAUUUCACAGGAAAUUCAUCUUUGAUUCUGUGAAUGAGAUUCUUGGUGCCAAAUUAGGCUCAUCCCCAGAGCCAUGGUUUCUGCCUAACAGUAACAGACUCACCAAGAAAACCUUGAGUGCUCAAAAGCUCCUCAAAGAACUAUGCUUUGAGAUCGAAAAGAUUCAAGCCAAGAAGCCAGAAUGCUGCUUAGAAGAUGAAGAUGAUGAUCUGAAAAGCAUGCUGUGUCAAGAUGUUAUGCUUGGCUCAGAAAGUUGGACAGAUUUUCAUGGUUAUUUACCUGGGGUUGUGUUGGAUGUUGAGAGACUUAUAUUCAAAGACUUGGUUGAUGAAGUUGUGAUUGGUGAAUCAUCUGGUUUGCGAGUCAAGCCACCAGUUAGGCGCAGGAAGCUAUUUGGAAAGUAGUUUGUUCAGUUAUUCCCUUUCUCACUGAUGUUAGAUCUAUAUAAUUUUCUUGUCAUUUGCUUAUAAAAAAUUUCUUGGUUCAAGGCAUAUAAGUUUGCUUCUUAGAGCUUUGAUUAUUUAUUUUUUUGCUAAGAUGUAAAGAAAUUUGAGAUACCAUGGAUUUAUGGCAUACAUAAUACAUAAAAACUAAAGGUUCCUUAUUUGAAA